GAUUCUGCUGUGUCUUCACUCACAGGACGGAAGUGAGUCCAUUUUUUUCCUCUCAGUCUGAUAAGAGCGGCUCGAGGAGCUGCAGCUCGUGCAACACGCGCCGUAAGAGAGCGCGGACGCUGCGUGUCCGAUGCGUUGCAACGAAAACAAAACAGAAAAGGAGGUAACUGAGGAGCCGUUGGAGCUAGCUACUCUGUUUUUCUGCUCUCUUUGAGGUGAGGAGAGGGGGGGAGGAGGAGGAGAGGGGGGGACGGAACCCUGCGCAUUCCUCCACACGUAGAGGCAGACUGGACCCGCGCGAGCCCAGCUUCUAUGACGGUGACCCGGAGCUCCCUGCUUGGAUGAAUAAUGCCCGCGCUCCGUGUCCGCGGCUCGCGCUGAGAACACACCAACGGCUGUCGGCUGCGCGUGACGCCCUCUGAAGGGAGCCCCUCAUGGUGGAGCCCAGGCAGGUCCGGUCCAACUGGUUCCCCACACGGUGAGAGGCAGGAGCGGCGCCCUGUCCGGUGGUCUGGCAGCUGCUGCGGGGCCCUGAAGUCAUGCUGUCUGCUCGGUGGGGGAGGAGAGACUUCGCUUCCAGGACCUCAGCACCCCUCCACUUUUAGGGGACUCUUCCCAUGUAUAAACAUUUUCUAAUGAUCUUAUUAGAAUCCUGCUGAUUCUCGCUCAAUCAUUUGCCAAAUAGAGAUGAGCCUAAUAAUCUGUUUUUAUUUUGCUAUGAAGUAACAAUGUUUUAAUUAUUUUGAUGCCUCCUUGAUUUUUUGCAUCUAAUCAAAAUAAUCAGAUUUAAAAAGUGAGUUGAACUGACUGAAUACCUCAAGGAUCUACCUCAGAUGCCCCAGUUUGUCCAGCCUAACCAGCUGACACAGCCUCAGAUGAAUACCUCAGACUUAUUUUUUCCCACACGUGUUGUGAGCUGAUGUUUCUGCUACAGAUGGCUUCGUUCCCAGAUUCCGACCUGCAGACCUGUCCGGUCUGUAAGGAGCUGUGUGGCUCCUCUGCUCCCAUCUCCUCCAGCUCCUCUACCUCAUCGUCCUCCUCUCACACCUCAAACUCCUCCAACCACCCCACCAAAAGGCUCCACGUCCUGCCUUGCCUGCAUGCCUUCUGCAGGCAGUGCCUGGAGGGGCAGCGCAGCCCCGGUGACCCCCUGAAGCUGCGAUGCCCCACCUGCGACCAGAAGGUCUCCAUAUCCGAGGCCGGGGUGGACUCCCUGCCUUCCUCCAACUUCCUCUUCAGCAACCUGUUGGACGUGGUGGUGAGCUCUGAAGAGAACAUCCAGAACAAGAACGGCCACCAUCACCUUGGGGGGUUGCUUGGGGGCUCCUCUGGCUUCCACCCUUCACAUGGGGGCCUGCUGCACACACAGAACAUGGGGGAGCCUCAGUGUAGCUCCUGCGAUGAGGAGAACCCAGCCACGUCCCAUUGCCUGGACUGCCAGGAGUACCUCUGCGACAACUGCGUCCGAGCGCACCAGCGGGUGCGGCUGACCAAAGACCACUUCAUCGAGCGCCUGGGCGAGAGCCUCCACCUGAGCCGGGUCAACUCCAACAAUAGCAGCUCUGGCCCACCGGGGGUGUCCGUGUCCCUCGCCCAGUCCCUGCAGAACAACUUUGCCCUGCUGUCCCUGUUCCAGGACAGGAUGAGCUACUGCCAGCACCAUGACAAUGAGGUGUUCCUGUUCUUCUGUGAAACCUGUUCAGUGCCCAUCUGCAGGGAGUGCAGCGUGGGCCGCCACAUGGGCCACACUUUUGUCUACCUCCAAGAUGCCGUGCAGGACUGCAGGGCCAUCACCAUCCAGCUGCUGGCCGACGCUCAGCAGGGGCGACAGGCCGUCCAGCUAAGUAUGGAAAAAGUGCAAGCCAUGGCAGAGCAGGUGGAGAUCAAGGCCAAGGUGGUGCAGACUGAAGUGAAGGCUCUCGUCCUGAGGCACAAGAAAGCGCUGGAAGAGAGAGAGUGUGAGCUUCUGUGGAAGGUGGAGAAGAUCCGUCAGGUGAAGGCCAAGUCUCUGUACCUGCAGGUGGAGAAGCUCCACCAAAGUCUGACCAAACUGGACAGUACCAUCGCCGCUGUGAGCCAGAUACUGGAUGAGGGCCACCACCUGGACGUGCUGUUGGCCAGGGAGCGGAUGCUCACCCAGAUCCAUGAACUCAAGACUCUCAGGAGUCUGCUGCAGCCGCAAGAGGAUGACCGCUUCAUGUUCACUCCUCCAGACCAGCAGGCUCUGUACAUCGCCAUCCAGUCCAUGGGGCUGAUCAGCAGCGGCGCCUUUGCCCCUGUAACCAAAGCCCACGGCGAAGGUUUGAAAAACGUACUGCGAGGGAAGCCAGCGUCCUUUACUGUUAUCGGGUACGAUCACGACGGAGAGCCGCGCUUGUCCGGCGGGGAUCCUGUCUCAGCAAUGGUGAUGUCGACUGCGGACGGCUCUCUGUCGGCGAUGGAAGUGACGGACCACCAGAACGGCUCCUACACGGUCAGUUACCUUCCCAAAAUAGAGGGAGAGCACCUGGUGUCGGUGUUGGUGUGCAACCAGCACAUCCAGGGCAGCCCCUUCAAGGUGACGGUGAAGUCAGGACGGAGCUACGGGUCCCUGGGAUCCCAGGUGUCGUCCUUCGGAUGCGAGGGGGAGGGCGACGGCCAGCUGUGCCGUCCCUGGGGCGUCAGCGUGGAUAAGGAAGGAUACGUGGUGGUGGCGGACCGCAGCAACAACCGCAUACAGAUAUUCAAGCCGUGCGGUGCCUUCCACCAUAAGUUCGGCUCUUUGGGCUCCAGGCCGGGUCAGUUCGAUCGCCCGGCCGGGGUUGCCUGUGACAGUCAGAGACGGAUCAUCGUGGCCGACAAAGACAAUCACCGUGUGCAGGUGUUUACGUUUGAGGGCCAGUUCCUGCUGAAGUUUGGAGAAAAAGGCACCAAGAACGGGCAGUUCAAUUAUCCCUGGGAUGUGGCUGUCAACUCCGAGGGUAAAAUCUUGGUGUCGGACACCAGGAACCACCGCGUGCAGCUCUUCGCCCCCGACGGCUCCUUCCUCAACAAGUACGGCUUCGAGGGGGCCCUGUGGAAACACUUUGAUUCUCCCAGAGGAGUAGCCUUCAACCACGAAGACCACCUCGUCGUGACCGACUUUAACAACCACCGCCUCCUGGUCAUCCGGCCGGACUGCCAGUCUGCGCGCUUCCUGGGCUCAGAGGGCACGGGGAACGGCCAGUUCCUGCGUCCCCAGGGCGUCGCCGUGGACCAAGAGAACCGCAUCAUCGUGGCCGACUCCCGCAACCACAGAAUCCAAGUGUUCGAGCCCAACGGAAACUUCUUAUGCAAAUUCGGCACUCAGGGGAGCGGCUACGGACAGAUGGACCGCCCAUCCGGGGUGGCGGUGAUGCCCGACGGAGUCAUUGUGGUUGUAGACUUUGGAAAUAACCGCAUUCUCAAAUUCUAAAAAGAAAGAAAUCUAUUUUUUUUUUUUGCAUUCUCUCCCUCUGUUUGCUCUUUUUGCAGUAAAUUUUCACAAUGAAGGAAAUAGAGAGGAGAGAAUCAAUCAACAGAAAGUCGGGAAGCGCAGAGAGGACUGAGGACAUGCUUUAAAAAAAGUCUUUUUUUCAUUUUCACUACUACUUACCAAUAAACAGGUGUAGUUUAUACGAUGGGGACCUUUCCUAAUGGACUGACAGCUGCUCUCCGUCCUCUCUGUUUGCCCUUCUUUAAGAUCCGUCUCAGGGAAUUCUUUCAUUUGUUGGAAUCUCAUACCUUCUGCUCCAUACCUACCUCAUCUAGCUCUUUAUGAAUGUACUCAUAGUCUCUGAGCAGAGGUUUUAGUCCGCAAAGUUUUACAAAGAAGAAACGUCUACCUCUAUACUUUAUUUAAGAGACAUAUAAGUAGAUUCUUGGGUUGAUAUUUGCACAGGAUUCAUGGAAUACUUUCUGUGCAUUUUUAGUGAACAUGAACCUCCUGAAUGUUGUUGCUGAGACAAUACUCAGACCGCUGUAAGAGACUGCAUGCUUGGUUCGCAUUAGAAGGCUAGUGGAAGAGACGAAAAGAAAAGGGUUUGAUCUUGUCCUUUCCUGUUUUCAAAUUAGUUAGGUGUUUUUUGUUGUUAUGUUUUUGUUUUCUUUCUUCUCCCCACUUAGAUCCGUAGAUUGACCCCUUCCACCAUUUAGCUCUGUGUUCGCCGAGCGAGACUGUGAGAAGAAACGCCAAACUGGACGAAAUCAAAAUGAGCUCAGGUCAUCAUAAAACUGGUCCAAGUGAUCGGUUCUUUUCUUCAGGCUCUCCUAUCUUUGCUGACUAAUGCUGAUUUAAUGGAUUUAUUAAUAAGUAGAAGUAGAAAAUGUAGAAAAUCAGCUCUAAAAAAAAAAUCCCUUAAAUGAGAUAACUUUUGACCAUUAUCCCUAGACGUAUAUCAUCGAACUGGGACAAUGUUUCCACUAGUCAGAUAGUAAGAAAAAAACAAUUAUGCAACUGAAGCGUCGUCUUCUCUGAGACGAGAAGAUCCACAAAGAUUUUGAGUUGAAUCCUUAGAGAUCUGGACGCGUUCCUUGGCGUCAUCCUAGAAAUGUAAUUAUAGAAAUGAAUGCUACUUUCUUAAAUGAGGCAUGCUGUUUGACAAAAGCCGAUCGGGCCGUCCAGAGGACACUAACGACAUCAGAUUACAGGCCUAAUAUACCUAAUAUAAUAUAACAAUCUCUUGGAUUUAGAUUGUGGUUUAAAGCCACCCCCCCGCCCCUUGGCUCCUAGGGCCAGAGAUUUAGUCCUAUCCAACGAGAGGGCAUCUUCAUAGAGCCCUACCCUAUUUAUUUCUCCUUCGAUUAAAUGAAAUAAAAAGAACGCCUUCAGACUUGAGCGUUGGUAGACAGAUUCCUCUAAAGAUGGAGGUCUACAGACCAACUACUAGAAUCAACCAAAGUUAGAAUUUCUGCACAAUGGCCAACUAUGAAUUUCCAUUUAAAAGGGAUCUGAGAAUCCCCCUUAACACUUUUCUUUAAUUAUUCUUGUUAGAAAAGCCUAACGUUCUUACAACUCAUGGAGUUUAGUUCAUCGCACUGUCUGCAUUAAACUCUGGAACGGAGUGCCUAGGUCCCAGGUUGUGGAGGACUUCCUCCCUAGAAAGUCUCUUUCUCGCAGAGGUGCUCAUGUUAGAAAACGGAGAAUACCCUCACCAAAGAGAAACCCUUGCAUUUAUUGCCGAAGCUUCUUCAGCAAUGCCAUAGUUUUUAUCACUACUAUACUCAGAGUAUCAUCUCAGAUUAGCCUCCUUUCCUCCCACUUACCUUCAUCUCCUCUUUGAGGUGCAACCAGUCGAUCAAAAGCACUCAACAGUUUAAGGUUCCGCAAGCCUGGAAUUAAGACCAAACUACAAAAAAACGUCUUAGACGACAAUGGGCCACACAAGUUUGAGAUUUUAGGUCCGUGUACCACCAAGAACUUUUACCUCAGUGUUUUCCUUUCUUGUAUACCUCAACCUCUGAAUACCUCAAGGUUUAUUCCUCCCUCAUGGUGACGGUGCGUUAAACCGUUUGAAUACCUCAAUAUCUACUGAAUACCUCAGUUUGACAAUUCUUGAAGGAUUUUCCUUGUCAGACAACUCGGCACAAGGACCAAAGAUGGUUGUACUGUUUUGAGUCGAAACAGAAUCUGUAGCUUUAGUGUCUGCUUAAUCUACUGUAAUCUGCCUGGUUUAAAUUAUUGCCUUUUUUUUCCUCUUUUUAAUCAGCAGCAAAACAAAUCGUUCCAAUGCGAGUAUUGUGCCAAAUCGAUCUGUGAGAGUUCUGUGCCAAAGCAGUAUUGGCAUUUGGACCACGAUGUCGUAGACACAAGUAUCACUGGACCAUAAUACGCAGGAUUAACCCUCUUCCUCUGGUUUGGAUGCACUUAGUAGGGCUGGGCCCCGUUUCUCUGUACCUCACGAUGAUCUGGAACACACAAGUGAAAUAUGUUGCUGUGCGCGAGGGGGGGAUGAGGGGUUCGAGGAAAGCUGGUUUUCUCUAAAUGCAACAGCUCAAAAUGUCCGCCAUUGAAUGCACAUACUCACCUCAGAUUUCCGCACAAACCUACCAAACCUAUGUGGACUUUAAGAUGCUCGAUGGUAGUUGGAAUGAGUCCGUAAUCUGAUGGUCAUUGCCUGGGAUUACGCCUAAAGUCUGACAUCAAGCUGGCUCGUUAUUUAAAGGGAAAUUUCCUUUUUAAAACCGACCGAGGUUAAUGUGAACUUUAUACUGUGGAUUUCGUCUCUUUAGCGUUUAUAACUACAAGGCAUGGGCUGCUAUUGUAUCUAAAAUCACCACAGCUGCGCUGCUAGCUUGUCGGAGUUCAGUGAUUUUCUAAAGCAUAAUUUCCUGUUUCUGAGGAAUGGACGCCGCCAGCAGUGCGCAGCAACAGGUGGGGGAAACAUCGGCACUUUCUCUGGCAUCUAGAUUAAUAGCGAAAGAUGCGUGGCUAGGUUUGUCCUUCAAGCCCAUGCCUUGUCAUUGUGUUCUCCAACGUGUUGAAAUUUGUAUGUUACUCCCCGCGAUGCUGACGCUAAAGCAGAACUUCCCUUUAAAUCCUGCAGCCAGCUGGAGUCUGCAAAACCCUGCUGCUUUGAACGCAACGCCUGCUAACAACCGAUAAGUUCGCUUUUUCUGCUUUUCAGUAUUACUCUGACAUGUUGACUCAAUGUUGCUUCAGGUUUUUUUUUUUUCCUUGUACUUUUUUUUCUUAUUAAGAUUGCAGAAUUCUAUCUUUAAGAUCCUUAGGUCUUCACUCUUAAAGAGGAAAAAUGUAUUUUAUUUGUAUUUCGUUUUGUUGCAUGCUUUAAAAGUUCUUGUAUUAUAUACUGAUGUCUCCCAGAUAGGUGUUGAAAGGCUGAGAUAGGGUGGGUAGCUGAUUGUUGGGAUGUUUUUUUUUUUUGUUUGUUUUGGGUUUUUCCCCUCCCCCCCCAAAAAAAAAUGUAUACCCAAAGAUGUGUAUAUGUGUGUUAGAAGUUUGUUGGUUGAAAUUAAUUUUGACCUUGGCGAUUGUAUUUCCUGUUGGUUGGAGGCUCUGCGGUCGAUGUUUCACCCCUGAGAGGCUUCAGAGAUUAGUCCUUUAGUUUCCCUCCCUGAUAAUUAGAAGAAGCAUUUUUUUUAAUCAAAUCAACAAAUCACACAUCUUUAGGUGUCUGUUGAAUGCUCCCCCUGCUGAAGCUGGAGUGCAAUUACAUUUACUUGGGUUUUUAACAGGAAGUCCUACAAAUUCUGUGAUUUCUCAGGCCUGUUCAAACAUCUUCAGGGUAAGAAGAAUCGUGAAGCUUCAUCAGACGAGACGUGCGAGGUCACAGCUCUCCCUUUUUGCAUUUAAAUGAUUGUAUAAUCUAAAAAAAAAA